AUGUCAUCAUCAUCGUCAAGUCGAUCAUCAAGUGUUCCAUUGUCUUUUGAUCGUUUUCGGGCUCGAUCAAUUCAAGUGCGUUCAGUGCUUCAUCAUCAUCACCACAAUGCCAAUCGUGUGAAACCAACUCGAGAACGAUCAAAAGUGCGUAAAAGUCAAGUGCAUCCUCAGGCAAAUAAUUCAUCAGAACCUACUCGAACCGUUUAUGAUGCUUCAUAUUUAUUUUGUGCCAACAAAGAUUCAAAUGCCACGGCAUCAUCGCCAUCCUUAUGGGAAAAGCCACCACCAAAUAAAACAUGUCCAAGUAGUUUUUUUAAUACUCGGCCAACAUCAAAUGUUGCCGGAACUUUGGAUUGUAAAAAUUUAUCUCUUAUAAAUCCGUCGUAUACAAAACAGCCUGAAGUGCCCGAAUGUGCAUGUCCACCGACUCCAUGUAUGAUACGUUAUCGACAAUCGUCGGUACCAUCUGCAAUAACAACACGUAUUAUAAAACGUCCGCAAUCUUUCGAUCGUUCACUUACAAAGGUCGAUAUGGAGAUCAGACCGAGUAAUUUAAUAUAG